AUGUUUCUAGGUGGUAGCAUACUGGGAACUCGUUGCUCUGAAACAUAUGACACCAAAACUGCACUGAUGAGCCUAUUUGGCAUUCCAUUGUGGUAUUUUUCUCAAUCUCCAAGAGUAGUAAUACAGGGACUUGACGAUGAGUAUCAGGAGGAUGGCAAGCUUUUGGUCCGCUCUGUAUAUGAUGAUGAGGGAGAGCCUCUGCAAACUUUCCAGCUGACAGAAGAAAAUGACAAACCAUUUCAGAUUGUGGAGCUUCGAAUCUUCUCUAAUUGGGGUCAUGCAGAUUAUACAUGUCUGUAUCGCUUUCGAGCACAUGGAACACCAGUGAAAUGAAAAAUAGAGCCUCACUAAAUUUUCUUUAAACUUUAUUUUGUCAAUACUAUAACCCUGGAACACUGGAAUAUAUCUGAAACCUGCUAUGGGGCAUUGUUUGGAGCAGAAUCAAUAUUUCAAACUUUGAGAAGAAAAAAAAAAAGAAAAUGAUCUAAAAUCCACCAAACUUUUGAAUGCACUUCUUUGCCAGUAUGCUUUAUAUAUUUUUUUAUCAGAGCUCCAUAACAUGCUGCAUGCCGACUGCUCUGAAUCGAAAGGCCAGUUAGUGAGAACCUGAUGCAAGAAGCACAUUAGUUUUAUCUAGUACAUAGUCCAGUACACAUUUUCCAUGUAAGCGUGUGGUCGUUGAUCUGCUGGACAUGCUUUUCUGCAAAAUGUUUUCCUGACUUAAAGUGAAGGUAAAGUUAACAUGUCAAUCUAUUAUAGCAUUAGUUUAAAAACAAUAUCACUUUCAUUCAUAAUUUUUUAGAUAUAUUAGUAUAAAUUAAGUUAUCACCUUAAUAAAUCGAUUCUGAAAGGUCCACAAAUUCAGCCCGUAUAUGUAUUUUUUUUUUUCUCAAACGAUCACGUUUUUUGCUAAUCCAAUUGAAAUUCUGGCCGUUAGGCGGCCGUCACUCUACGUCAUUCGCCUCCUUGCUCAUCUGCGCAUGCGCUAUUCUUUUCCCUUCACAUUGGAAUACACGCGCGCUCCCGUUUUGCGCAUGCGUAUUCAUUACAUGUAGUAAUUCUGACAGCUCCGUACACAUCUGCAGCCCAGACAUGCUAUCAGAUACUGUGCAGUGAGAAGCAGGGACCGAGCUGCCUCUUCUGAUACCAGCAGCACUGGGCUAAAUACAAUGGGAAGUAAUCUCACAGCAGGCAACAUACCCCUCACUUCUUAAUCGCCUCCACAUGCAAACACUGCACAAACUCACUGCUUCACUGGAAGCAUCAGCAAGAUCGUAAAUCAUUAUCCCAGGGUCCUGACAGUGCAGGGACACCAAGACCCACAUAACCGGUGAUUAGCAUACAUAUUGCCGAUUAGCGCAUGCGCAGUUAAAAGGAGCAUCGUGAACGCGCUUUUGAGAGUCACAGACCAAACAAGCAGGAAAUAGGGUUUGGGAGGAGUCAGCAUCAAAACGGUAGGGAAUUAUAUAUAUAUUUAUUUUGCAAACUAUCAAAGUAAUAGAGAAAAAAACUUGGCGACUAGCUUCUAGUAAUAUUAAGAGAUGCAUUGAUGUCUUCCAAAUGUAAAAACUUUACCUUCACUUUAAGAAUUAGCUGCCUUAAAUUAUUUACUGUCUCUGUUGCCAGAUUGCUUAUAUUAAAAAAAACUACCAAGUUUUUGGGAAGUUUGGACUGCAACCCCCAAUAGAGCAUUGCAAUACAAACGUUCAAGCCUGUAUUCCAAUGCCAAUGUAUAUAAUUAUUUUUUUAAUGUAUAAGGUGACCUGGUACAAAUAAUGGUCUUAUAAUACUUUACUUUUGUAUUUUUGGGGAAUGGACAAAUAAAAUUGGAUCAUACCAAUGUACAAUAAAUGUGUGUGGGGGGUUAACACUAAUUUCUCAUAAAAUGUUUGUCCUGCUUAGAUCUAAAACUUAAACAAAUUUUUACUUAUGUGGAAAUAUUUAAUUUCGCAUACUAACCAAAACUGUUAUUUUCGUAUGUAUGUGUAUAUAUAUAUAUAUAUAUAUAUAUAUAUAUCAGGUUUUAUAGAAAUAGAGCUCCUGUUUACAAAAUGAUUUCUGCUCCCUUUGGCUGCUAUUCAUAUUGCCCCAAUUUCAAUUACAGAUUCCACUGACUGGCUUUUUGAAUAGAGUAUGUAAACUGCGCAAUAGUGUCUAACCUAAAAAUAAGAGACUAUUCAUAUAUGCUAAACUGUAUGGAUAUAGUAUAUUAUAUACUCACACUCUAACAAAAAAUUAAGGGAUGUGGCAUAAUGGACAUUGGAUCUCAAUUAUUUCUUUAAAGCACUAAUUUAUUUUUUAAAAUGCAAAAUAGGAAUUUGUGCAAUGUAUUUUUGUAAAAAAAAAAAAGCUUUUUAUGCUGUUUUUCAGUGAGUUUUCUUUGCUUGCUCUAUAUUGAAAUGUUAAAUAAAAAUAAUAAAGUUUAAUUUGAGUGCAUGUAAUAUCUGAAACCUGAAAUAAACUAUAUAUUUCCUUUUCUGUAAA